GCUGCACUUGCAGGCUAGAUGGCUCAAGUUACCAAAAGCUGAAGGGCGUAGCUAGUGCAUAUUCCCGAACGAGGUCUCUGCAGGGCGAGCCGCGUCCCAUCCCGUCCAAGGACAAGGCGCGCACGGCAGCCGAUUGGAAUCGCGGCAUGGGGACAAUCAGCCGGCCGCGAACCAACUUUGGUUGUGCUUUGGUUCGGCUCCUCAACUGUAUCGCAGCUCGGCCAGGAGUAGCAUUGCAGCAGGCACCUUGGACGACCGGACGGGUCGCAGGGUUCGAGUAUCAUGUGCAAUUUUUUUGGGCGACUUUCGGCAACAUGACAACGAUGUUUUGUUGGUGCGGCGAACACGCCCAGCAAAGCGCCGCGUCAAAACCGAGAGUCUGGAUCCGGGUUCUUGUGUCUGUGAAGUCUGGAAUUAUGGUUGGCGAUGCGACUCUUUUCCAUUCCAUCUUUCAUCCUCUUACCAACCUGCGAAAUAAAUAGCCCAAGACCGUCGACUCGCCGGCCCUUGACGCGAGAGAGAGAAAUAGGCGCCUCCCUACAACGUCAUUAUGAACCGGUGAAUCAGGCACGGGACGACUCCGGGACUGGCGGGCUGAGUUGUUAAGCCGUCCGAGGGUGACAUCCGGGAAACCAAGGGUCGGAGCUGUCGUUUCGCGACACCCCAAGGUCGCAAGAAAUAAGACACAGGGCUGCAUAGUGUCCUUUCGUUGUAUGUCUACAUCUUCCGUACAUGCCUACCACAUACCCAAGGUAUCUAAUAUACGUGUUAAGCCAAG